ACUUCCGGGUAAGCUGUAAACCCUUCAAUGUUUAUAGUAUUUUGAAAUAGUAGGGAAGUGAUGUGUUUUUUUGUAAAUGUCGGUCUAAACAGUUUUUACAGAAACAAUAAAUUAUUGAGGUUCAUUUCCAUUACUUCCGGUAUAAAAGCGGAUUUCAUCCCGGGUUCGUACAGCACACGGAGUGCAGGUGGACGGGGCAUUUAUCAUCUCGAACGGUGGUCAUCACGGGCACGCGCUUAUACCACCCAGGGGACAAAGUCCAGGUCAGGUGCUAGUGCACUUACACCAGGCGUCUCCUGGGGAAAGAACAUGGAGAAGAAAAUGCCCGAACAGCCUGUGUAUCUGAGUAACGACGUGGUUACACGUCUUCUUACUUAUGAAGACUUGAUCCCGCGACUGGAGGAGGUUAUGGGAGGGUUUUCCCGGGGUUCAGCUGAUGUGGUGCAGCCCGUGAGAUCUGUGCUCCCCAUACACAAUCACAGCGGGUUCAUGGGGCUGAUGCCUGCAUAUAUUGCACAUGAGGACACUUUGUGCACGAAGAUGGUGGCUUUCUACAGACGGGCAGAGAAAUUGAACUUACCAUCCACACAAGCCACUGUGUUACUCUUUAACCCUGAGUAUGGCAAUGUCACUGCGGUUAUGGAUGGGACAGAAAUCACUUUUAAAAGGACAGCGGCUGUGUCAGCCAUUUCUGCUAAACUGUUGAUGCCAACUCAGUCAGACGUCUUGUGCAUAAUUGGCUGUGGACACCAGGCUGUCAGCCAUUAUGAAAUCUUCACAAAGCUUUUUUCCUUUAAAGAGGUGCGUGUGUGCAGUCGGAGAUUAGAGACUGCCGAGCGGUUUGCUGCAAGUAUCCGGGGUCCUGUUAAAGUAUUUUCAUCUGCCAAAGACGCAGUGCAUGGAGCGGACCUCAUCAUUACAGUCACUAAUUCUAGUGAACCAGUGCUGUUUGGGGAGUGGGUUAAACCCGGUGCUCAUAUAGCAGCGGUAGGUGCUUGUCGGCCAGACUGGAGAGAACUCGAUGACGUACUGAUGAGAGACGCUGUGAUUUACGUCGACAGCAGAGAGGGAGCGGCACUGGAGUCUGGAGACACCAUUUUGUCUGGGGCGGACUUAUUUGCUGAACUUGGAGAAGUUUUGAAUGGAACUCGACCGGCCUUGCGCAACAAGACGACAGUGUUUAAGUCACUGGGAAUGGGGAUACAAGAUGCGGUCGCUGCUAAGCUUGUGUUUGACAAGUGGAAGAAUAGCCAGUAAAGUAUUGUGACAUGAAGUGCCACCGGGUGCAGAGAAUAACUCUAAUCUCUCAAACGGAACACAAGAAGACAUGAAGUAAACCUUAAUUUAACAAUCAAUCAUGACUGAGAAAACUGAUUUCAAUGGAACUGAUUAACACUUGAAUAAAAUUACUAAAGCUUUAGGACACGGAAUAUUGUGAAUACACAAUAUUAACGGAUUGUGAAAAUACAGUUAAAACUACAAAUACAUCUUACACAAGGGAAACUAAUCGAAAAUAUUAAUAAAACCUCUAUUUCGAAUGGUUCUCUAAGGAGUGUAAUUUUAUACAGACUAUUUUCAACCUGUAUGCUUGCUAAACAUUUAUCCAUAUAUUGCUUAUAUCUGUUGGUUAGAUUUAUACAGUACUUUGUUGAAAUAAAAAACAACAACCUUACCAAAGACUGCA